AUGGCCCCGCCGACGUCGCAGAUGUGUGCUUCCCCACGGCAUACGGGCUGCUCCCCGUCCAGUCGUCUCUACACCCCCACGCUCUCGUCGCUCGCGAAGUCGCGCGCGCACGGCCCGUCGGAGGCGAAAGGGCUGGAGCGCAUGCCCGCUGCGACGUCUCCGAAUUCGUCGCCAUCGUCGCCCGUGAGACGCCGAGGCUCCACCUCCCCGUUUUCGAAUGGUUCGCAAUACCCGUCUCCGCCGAUCAGUCCCCCCACUUCCCCUCGCCGUCUCAGCUCUCCCGGUUCCCCUCGGCGGCUCAGCCCCCCCGGUUCCCCCAACCGCCUGGGAAGCAGAACCCAACCCCCUCUCAGCUCCCCCGCUUCCCCCGGUUGGGGCGAGCGGAACGCGCCGUCUGCUAGGCGCAACUCUCCGCCUGGCGGCGCCUGUGAGAGCGCAGACUCGGGGGAGAGCCUGGCGAUGCGCUUGCGGCGGCAGGUGCAGGAGCAGCAGCGGCAGCGGCAGGAGCGGCGGCAGCAGCAGCAGCAGCAGCGGCGGGCGCUGGAAGAGGAGCAGAGGCGUUCGGACGAGCGCUCGGAUUGGUCCGGCUCACCGCGAAUCACGCUCAUGGCAGUCGGAAGGCAAGAGCCGCUCGUUUCCCGACGAAUGGAGAAAACAGCGGAACUGACGGCGCAACUGACGGAGCUCCGUCAGAUGACGGUGGAGCUGCCGGACGAGACGGAGUCUGACGAUUCCAGCUCCGUCAACGACUCUGGCUCCGUGAACGAAGCGUCGUCGGGGAGUGGCGAGUGGGAGUCGGACGACGCGGACAGUCUCUCGCGCGUGAAGCAUCUCCGUUAUAAGCUUGCUGCGAGCCCCGUUUCUGUGCUGGACCUCAAGCAGCAGGUGACGGGCAUGAAAAAACGAGGCGAGGAAUACGACUCGGAUGCAGGGACGACAACAAGCAGCGGAAACAGUGGAGAGCUGGACCCAUCGUUGGUGCUACAGGACUUGGUACUCUCUAGAAAUCUGCUUCCUCCCCCUGCUCUUUCCUCCCUCCCUCCUCUUUCCUCCCCUUCCCCACCUCUCCACUCCUCCUCUCUCUCCCCUCCCCCUCCCUCUCCUCCUCCUCUCUCGCCGUGCCCUGCCGAAUCUCUGGCUCUUCUGGACCUGUCAAGCACGCAAUCCGUACUGGCUGACGUGGCAGCAGCCGAGGGGCUCGCUGACGUGGCGGGGAUCGAGCAGGACCUGGAGUACGUGCGCCACGUGUUGCUGCUGUCCGGGUUUGCAGGAGAAUCCCUGCCUCUCCGCAGCGACAUCCCAUCCGUCAGGCUCCCCGUGCGGCGAGAGGUGUUUGAACAGCUUGAGAGGGAGAUCACAGGAGAAAUCAACGGCAGCAGCAGCAGCAGCAGCAGCAGCAUCUGUCAAGACAGCGGGACCGGCAGUCCUCGUGCUACUCCUCUAGAUGCAGCAACUGAUGCUGGCAGUCAAAGCAGCAACGGCGGCAGCAGCAGCAGCAGCGACACGAGGAGCACGAAGAACUCGGAGGAGCGGCGGCAGCGCAUGCUGCUGUUCGAUGCUAUUAAUGAAGCCAUCGGCCGCACACUUGCUCCGUUCCUCAACCCGCCCCAAUGGGACCUUGACACGUGUCCUUCCUCCGCCGCCCGGCCAGUCUCGCUCCGGAAGCUGCACCCGCGGCCCGUUGGGAAAGAUCUUCUGAAGAAAAUCUGGGUGGAGAUCCAUGAUUGGCCGAUUCCGCCCUCACCUGACGUGUACGAUGUGCUUGAUGACGCAGCGAGGAGGGACAUGCAGAAGGGCGUGGAUCGGUGGUCGCAGGAAGAAAUACGAGAUUCUGAGGCUGCUACAGUGGCGUUUGAUUUGGAGGAUAUUAUCUUAGACGCUCUUGUUGAGGCUGCUUGUAAGGAGUACAGCGAGGCUGAGAGGGAUCGGGUGGAGAGGAGGCAAGUGCGAGAGCUGCAGAGGAAAGCGGCUCAAGAGGAACAGGAGAGGGAGAGGCGGAGGUGGAGCAUUGGAGGGAGGGCCUGUGCGGCUGGAAGUGACAGGGCUAGCAAUGUCUCUGGAAGGACAACGGUCUGGUCUGGGAGUGCGGGGAGGAUGGGAAGGGCGGCCACACCACAGAGAGGAGCAGGAGGUGCAAGGUCUAGUAGCAGUGAGAGGGCGGCUGGGAAGGGUGUGGGGUUGCAUGGAGUAGACAGGACCCCUGCCAGGCCCACGACUCCUGUGAGGGCUGCCACGCCUGGGAGGGGUGUGAGGGCUAGUGGUGCCGGGAGGGUAGGUCAGAGACCUGUGGGAGGGGCUGUUAGUGGGGAUGUGGAUAGGAGGUGGAGAAACUAG